AUGCAAAUUACUGAGACACCAACAUGCAAUAUCAACAAAAAUUCUGGAAUGGGUAAAGUACUCCAAUCAUGUCAACUCAUUAUAUGGGACGAAUGUACUAUGGCACACAAAAAAGCAUUGGAAGCGCUUAAUCGUACACUAAAAGAUUUGAGAGGAAAUGAACAACUCUUCGGUGGUGCACUCAUUUUAUUAUCUGGUGAUUUUCGACAAACUUUACCAGUUAUACCACGUUCAACACCCGCUGAUGAACUUAAUGCAUGUCUCAAAUCAUCAGUUUUAUGGCAACACGUACAGAAAUUGACUUUGAGGACCAAUAUGCGUGUACAACUACAACAUGAUGCAUCCGCUGAAUGUUUUGCAAAACAAUUGUUGGAUAUUGGUGAUGGGAAAAUGGCAAUCGAUGAUUCCACAAAAUGUAUCACAUUGCCAACAAACUUCUGUAAAAUCACAGCAACCACAGAAGAAUUGAUUUACAAAGUUUUUCCAAAUAUCGCACAGAAUUACAAAAAUCAUCAGUGGCUCAGUGAACGUGCUAUAUUAGCAGCCAAAAACAACGAUGUCAAUGCCAUCAAUUUCAGUAUUGAAAACGAAAUACCAGGCGAAGCAACAACAUAUAAGUCAAUCGAUACUGUAAUGAAUCAAGAAGAAAGUGUCAAUUAUCCAACUGAAUUCUUAAAUUCAUUGGAUUUGCCAGGCAUGCCGCCGCACAUUUUAACAUUGAAAAUUGGCGUGCCUAUCAUUCUUCUCCGAAACAUCAAUCCGCCACGACUUUGCAACGGUACCAGGCUUUCGGGGUUUGUUUAG